AUGUCAAAUACCCUAUACUCAGCUACUAGUUCCUCUGCUUCUGACAGUUCGCCACCUUUUCAGGAAAAGGACCUUGCAGAUGUGGACCAUGGUCAUGAUCAAGAGCUUUCUCCUGAUGCAGAGGAUGAGGAGAGAAAACGUUUAAGAACCAAGACAGCUUGUGAUUAUUGCCGUAAGAGAAAGACGAAAUGUAAUGGUGAUAGUCCUUGUGCAAGCUGUAUAUAUUAUAAAAGAGACUGUAUCUAUACUUAUGUGCCCAAGGCUAGGAAAAAGAGAGUUACCAAGCAACAUACUGCUCCACCUUCGAUGAAGAAAUAUAAUCCAAAUUCAUUACAAGGUUUGAAUAAUCGAUUAUCUGCUUUGGAAACAUUAUUAACAAGAUUGGUUACUAAGUUGGAUACUGGUUCAGGUCCGCUUUCCAAAGAUUUAAUGAGUCUCGAUAAGAAAGGUGAUGAGGAGGAAACCUUAUCUCUCGCAUCUUUACCUAGUAGUGAUAGUGAUCUGAGUGAUGAUCAAAUGCCAAACCAAGUUGUUUUAAAUGAGAAAUCGGUGACAAAUGCUAAUAAACUUGGAGAAAUGAUGAAAUCAGAACGUGUCCAUCAACACUGUGUUUUAAAUAUUAAUCCCCGUCAACGAAUCUUACAAUGGGUAGGAUCUCAUUCAGUAUUUCAUGUCUUAUCAGCUAAAUCAAUUAGAUGGUUAAGAACCAAAAUUUCAGAUGAUGGUAAUGAAGAAUUACUUGUACCUAUCAAGAAUUUACCCAUCGCACUUAAUAAUACUGUUGAUGCAACAUUGAAAAUAUGGAAUUCACCAGAAACUGAUAAAAUUUAUACUAAUAAUUUAUAUUUUUCAAGAGAUGAUAAAAACUUAACGUUUGAGCUUUUGGAAUGUUAUUACGAUAGUGUUCAUAUCGCUCCGUUUUUAUGCAAUUUGAAUUCCAUAAGAGAAUUGUUUCAAGUAUAUCAUUAUGCUAUUUCACAAGGAGACUUUGAUGUUAUCAAUGGGUUAUCAUUAAGUGAUUUCUUAAUCAUGAAUGUAUCUUUAUGUUUAUGUUUGAUGAAUGUUUCUGAUAAAGUUUCAUCAGAGAAAUUCCCAGUAUUAAGUCAGAAAUCAGUUCAUGAAUUAAAUGUCUUGAAACAUAAAUUCUUUAAGUAUUCUAUUCAUUGUUAUGAAAAGGUUAGUGUUCUUACUGAAGGUAUUAAAUCUGUGCAAGGUAUCGGUUUAUUGAUGUUAUUCAUCGAAGCUUCAUAUAUCACGGAUGUUCAUAUUAAUUACAUGUUAGCUUCGUCAUUGAUUAGAAUUGCUCGUGAUGUGGGGAUUCAUAGAAUUGAUUUAUACAAAUAUGACAGUAAUGAAUCCGUUAGUGAAAUGAAGAGAAGAUUAUGGUGGUUCUGUGAAUAUAUGGAUAAAGAAAUGUGUUAUAAGAGUGGUAAGUCUGAGAUCAUUAAUCAAAAUGAUGCUAAUGCGUUAAGUGAAUAUGAUGAUUACUUUUAUUCUGUUCCUAUGGAUCCAUUUCAAACUAACUCUUAUUUAAAAAAUUCAACUACUUUAAUUGGAAAUUGUGAAUUCUAUGGUCAUCAGUAUUAUUUUGCUUACUAUUCCCUUAUGCUUAGUCGUAUCAAGAGUAAAAGUUAUGGUAAGUUAUAUGGUCCUAGAGUAGACUUUAUGACACAAGAUCAAUUAUUAGAUGCUUUACAAAGUUCUAAUGAUAGUAUGUUUAAAAUGGCGAAAUUAAUGGAACCGGAUGUGAGACCUACCUUGUAUUAUUUUAAGAAAUCCAAUUCAAGAUCUGAAGGGGUCAGAAAAUUAUUCAAAGGAAAAGAAUCCACAUAUGCUUACUAUAACUUAUUGUUACAAUUAUCAUUCUUUUGUCAUUUGUUAACAAUUAAUAGAGUGCCAUUUAUGCAACCAAAUUUCGUCGCUACUCAAAGAAGUAUUAAAUUCGGUAAUUUAUCCUUGGAAAGUGCAAGAACAAUGUUACAUCUUGUGAAUGAUUUUGAUAAAUCCAUGCUUACUGGUAGUAUGGCAACAUUCGUUAAGUUUUAUCCAUUUAUGGCUUUCAGUAGUUUAAUUGGCCAUGUUAUUGGAUUUCCUAAAGAGAGAAGUACUCAUAUGGAUUGUACAUUGUUAAUUAAAUCAUCAAUGUAUUUCUUUGCUCAUAAGGAUAGUAGGAAUGCAACUGUAGAGAGUUGGGAUGAGGCCAGAUUAUACGAUGGUAAGAACGUCAUGAUGGAUUUAAUGACAAGAUUGUUUUUGAAAAUAGUGGUAAACUUGAUGAUUAAGGAAUCUGAUCAUGAUUAUUAUGCAGAAGUUGAAGGAUUAAAGGAACAUUUAGAUGCUUGUGGGAAUAUGCAUCCUGAAUUAUUUAAGAGAUUUGAUGGUAACUUUCCAUCAUUAAACUUAUCAUUUGAUCCUGCAUUCUUUUCUAGUUACAGAAGUAAUAAUAUACUAGGAAGUGAACGUUCCAGUGGUCAUGGAGCUUCAACAACAGUUUCAGAUUCUAUUGAUACUCCUACUUCAUCAAACAGUCUCCGUAAGAAUCUUUUGAAUCUUGAUGUACAAAUGAAGGGAGAUGGAGAUGGAGAAACCGAGCCACAACCUCAACCUCAACCACAAUCACAAGAACAAGAAAAAGAACAAGAACAAGCACAAAGUGUGGGUAUAAGUGGAACUGAUUCCUCUAUAGCUUCUUUCAAUUUUGAUGAACUUACUGAAGAGACAUUUGGUUCAAUCCUCAAUUCUCAAGCCUUCAACCUCCCAAAUUUCUUCUAUGAAGGUAAUUUAGAGUCCAAUAGUUUUGUAACCAAUGAAGAAAAUGACUUUGACUAUUUCAUUAACUAG